AUGCGUUGUUAUUCUGAAAUGUAUAAUUCAGAUUGGUGGAAAAGAACUCAAAUAACAAUUCCUGUUGGAGCUAAACUUAUAUCACUGAUCUUAUAUUCUGAUGCAACAACAUGUGAUGUACUUGGUAAAACCACUCGACAUCCAAUUUUUUUAACAUUAGGAAAUAUACCACAAAAAUAUCGUAACAAACAAUAUGCUAAAUCAAUUAUUGGAUUUUUGCCAAUUCUGGCUGCAAAGAAUCAAACUGAACGCAAAUCAGAUGCUUUUAGAAAGGAAGUUCGGCAAAUAUUUCAUAAAUGUUUGGAUAUUAUUCUUAAGCCUAUAUAUAAUCAAUCUUUUAUUGGUUUUAAUGCAUAUAUUGGUCAAAAAUUAGAAUGGAUUUUUAUUCAAUUAACAUUAAUUCUAGCUGAUUUACCUGAAGCAGCUACAUAUUGCUUAACAUCAAAAUCUGCAAAUGCAAAAUAUCCAUGUCAUCAUUGUAUAAUUUCCAAACAAAAUUUAUCAAAUAUUUAUUUAGAUGAAAAAGAGCUAAUUAAACAAACACCAGAAUCUAUGAAAGCAGCAUUAUAUGGUG